GUGCUUCGCGGCGUCGGUGCGAGUCCGAUACAGCAGUUAUGGUGCCAUCAGCAUCCAGGGGGUUGUCAGCUUUAAGUUUGUCUCUUGAAAAUUUGACGGUUUGGGGUACCCGUAUUAAUUUGGGUAAGAGAGACACCUCGCAGGACGUCUAGGUUUCCCCUCUCUGUAAAGUGGUUUUAUUAUGCCAGUAUUUUCCCCCGUCCCCGACAAAAUAGGAAAGCCAGACGUCCCGAGACAUGUUACACUUAUUCAAUUUAAUACGGUAGUUGGAUAGGAGUGGGUUUUGUGGUGUGUUUUUUUCUUCUUAUUUUUUUGCGCUUGGGGGUUUAGAUUCUUCUUUCUAUUCGGGGGGUGCGUUAAGUCUGGCGAUAUCCAGAUACGGUGGCCGAUUUAGACUACCGUAUGGUUUAGUGAGCAGGGGUAUGUGGAGGGGCUAAUACAAAACUACCGUACUGGUAGAACAGAGCAGAUCCUUAGUCGUGUUGACCGGGAUUUUUUGUAUGGGGGGAAACAGGCUGGUGACAGCAAACACUUAGCGCACUGGCACUACACUAUUUACUAAACUACAAAAAAACGGAGAAAACAAGGCUCAGACAUUGGUACUUGUACUUGUACUACCGGGCCUUACUUACCCUUGCACCCUUGUAUGAUACCCGAGUAUGGUACCGGUACUCGUUUACGUGUACCUGGUAUAAUACGUACGGCACAGGUAUAAUAUGACGUUGUAUUAGGUGUUUAGUCAUGGUGAGAGGGAGGGAUGCGACUGGUCAGUCAAGCAUAGUCUAAAGCUGAUCCGAUUAUCAUACCGUCGUAUAUGAUAAGUUAGCGACCUCACUGUACAGUACUAUAAUGGACGAACGAGCGAGCGAGAAAGAAGCCAGAGUACGGUGCUGCAUGACACAGCACCGCAGAGGCCACCAUAAACAAUGGAAAUGAGAAAACAAAAACACUCUUUAUCGUAUUAUAUCACUGA